CUCAACACUUUUGCCAUCUUCAUUUUUGCCCACCUGUUAGUCGAGUACGGAUAUUCUCUGCUGCACGACUGUAUGGGUGAAAGCACGCGGGUCCCGUGGGCCCGACGGUUUGAUCUGCUUCGCCAAGGUCUAUGCUGUGUGACGAUGGCUACCAUACUUUUGGUAGCAUGCGUCUGGCGACGGUGGUACAGCACUAUGUUGAUAGUCGCCGUGAUGUGCUGUUCGUUCUUCAGCCUUCCCUUCUACCCGUGGUUGUCGGGAUGCAGCAGCUUCGGCCGACGCAGGGAGCUCGUUUGCGAAACAGCUGCUAGGCUAGAGAGCGUGAACUCGUCGCCACGGUCUCACGAUGGCUGGUGUCGCUCUGCCCGGCUGUAUAAUUCGACUUCUUCUCAGCAACUCCGGACCACGACUGCGGUUGGAGAGAUCGUUCAUCCACAUCUGCUUCGAACAGCCAGGUCCUCGGGUGACAUUGCAGCUCCGGCUUCUCUUGGUGGAGAGAUGGCGGUUAUGGGAGACCGACCUCCUCGGGGCUUCCUCGGCACCAUUGGAUUGCAAUGUCCCAGUCCAUCGACGCAGGCCCAGCCAGUAAAUACUGUGCCUACCGAGGUGCAGCUCCAACCGACGGUAUACUACAACGACGUGGUCUAUCCAGAAAGGCAACAGCGCUCUGGAUGGGUUGGCUGGGUGUGA